CGCCGCCCCGCCACCGGCCGCGCCACCGCGCUCCGCACGCUGCGCCCGACGUGCGACGCCUGCCAUGCCCCACUCCGGCCUGCCCUAGUCCGGGCGGAGGUAGUGCAGGCGGCAGUGAGGCGGUAACCAGAGAAGGCAGCCGAGGCCGGGAGGCCGGGGAGGGCGGGACAUGCGGCGCUAGCGGCGACAGCGCAUGGCGGCCAGCGGCGAGCGCCGGCCGCGCCGCGGGCCCGCGCCCAUCGCCUCCUUCGACCACGACGUGUCUGACGAGGUGAGACCGCCCUCGAGCCCGGAGACCAAGCAGACGUUCCAGCUGCCCGAGAUCCGCGAGGACUCGAGCGCGGCGGGCCCGAGCAGCGCGCCGCCGCCGGCGGGGCCGGGGCCGCGCGAGCGCUCGCAGUCCACGCCGGGGCUCACCACGCCGGCCGCGCCGCGCAUCGACAUCUCGCGCGCCUCCAGCUCCAGCCACCACGACUCGCGCGACUCCUCGCCCGACCUGGCGCUGUUCGCCGGCACCGCGGACGAGCGCGCGGCCGCGCACCUCGGCUUCCGCGAGGACGGCGCGCUCGACCUGCGCUCCUCCACCGAGGAGCUGGCGUUCCUGGAGCCGGCGCCGCCCGCGCCGCCGCCGCCCGCCUCGCGCCGCCACUCGCGCAAGGACAGCCAGGGCUCCGAGGCGGCGCUGCUCGCCAUCUCGGGCCGCACCAGCCGCCUCUCCAGCGUCGGCUCGCAGUGCUCGGCGCACUCGGCGCUGUCCGCGCUGAGCCACGUGAGCCACACGAGUCGCGUGUCGCGUCUCUCCGUCGUAUCGGGCGUGUCGCGCUCGCCCUCGCCGCACAAGAUGCUGCUCGAGACCUCGUUCUGCGGCCCCAAGCCGAUAGAGACCGACCCGGAGAUCUGCGCGGCGGCAGUCGAAGAGCGGCUGCUCGAGAUUGCCAAGCAGCAGGCGCCGCAAUUAGCGGUCGUGGCGCCCCCUGCCGCGGCGCCAGACGCGCGCGACCGCCGCGAGGUGCGGACGGAGGCCACGGUGGAGGUGGCCCCGCCGGCGCGGGCGGCGCCCGCGCCCGAGCCGCCCGGCGUGGCCAUCACGCCUGCCGAGGCCGUCACGCCGGCCGUGGCCGUCACGCCCGCCGCCGACGACAAGCGUGACAAGGAGACGAGGAACCGGGCGCGCGCUGACGAGCGCCGCGCCAGGUCACGCGAGCGCCGGGAUCGCUCCCAGCCCGAACGACCCGAAGUGUACAAAAGUAGAAAUAAAUCCAAAGAUGUCAUACGAAUAAAACUGAAGCCGGACGAGGACUACGAGGACGACGACGACGACGACGAGGAGGAGAGCGAGCGCGCCGGCGCCGGCGGGUCGGCCCGCAAGCCGGCAUCGCUGGCGCUGGGCGGCACGGCGCGGCCGCGCUCGCCGUCCCCCGCGCCCGCCGCGCCCAGCCGGAAAUCCUCCUUCUGCUCGUUGUUCAAGUCCCGCGAGACGAUCGCCUCCCCCGACUCGCCGUCGGACGCGCUACGUCGCAAGAAGAGCCUCAACGAGGGUCGGUCGCGAAGCAAGAGCCGCGACCGCUCCGCCCCGCCGCCUGCCGCCGGCAAGCUGCGCGGCUCGGUGCUGUCCCUGUUCAAGACCCCGCGCCGCAGCGCCGCGUCCCCGUCCCCCAGCUCACGCGCCGCGUCGCCCGGCCCGCCGCCCUCCGUGCCGCCGCCAGCGCCGCUGCGGGGACUCAAGUACUACGAGGACUCCCGCGACGGCAUCAUUCACAUCCCGCUGCGCACGCCCCCGGACGAGGCUGCGGGCGAGCCCGAGCCGCGCGAGGCGGUGCGGCCCGCGUCGGCGCCGUGCGCUCGAGCGUCGCCCGGGCCGGCGGCCGGCGGGCCCGACCGCACGUCGGCGCCGGCGGUCGCGCCGCCCGCCAAGCCGGUACAACGCACCGUGCUCCCGGACGGCAGCAUCAUCAUCCCGCUGCACUCGCCGACGGACCGUUCCCCACCGGCGCAGAUCACAGAGACGCGGCCGCAACAGGCGCGCGUGGAGGCUGUGGUUGAGCCGCCACCGGCCCGCGGCUCGCCGUCCCCGCCGGAGCCGCAGCCGGCGCCGCCCUCGUCCCCGCCGACCCCGCCGACCCCGAGGCCGGCGCCGGAGCCCGAGCCGGAGCCGCCGCGUUCCCGGCGGAAGGAGCGACUCGUGUUCAUGACGCACGUCGGCAGCACGGAGCAGGUGUUCAGUACGCAGUUCAGUAUUACGAAGACGCCGAGCGUGACGAGCGAGAUCUCGGAGUCGUUCCCGAGCCUGGCGGAGGAGCCGCGGGCGCCCGUGCUACGGGACACGCACAUCGCGGCGAACACGCCGGACGCGGCCACGCCGGGCGGGGAGUCCCCGGCCGGCGCUCGGGAUUCGUCCGAGUCGGAGGGCAGCUCGGAGCCGGGGGCGGGCGCGGGGGCCAGCGAGGCGGAGCAGCGCGGACUGGUGGUGCAGGAGUCGUUCGAGGAGGAGCUGCCGUACGUGCCCACCACGCUGCCGCUGGAGCGUUCGCUGGCGCUGCCCAUGCUGCCGGUGCGCGAGCGCGCUGUUAUACAUAUUUCGAGCGUGGAGCGCCCCCGCUCGGCCGCCCCGCGCCCCGCGCCCCCCGCGGCCGUGCUGCCGCCGCCGCCCGCCGCCGCGCCGCCGCCGCCGCCCGCCAGCGAGCGCCUGCGCAUCCGCCUGCCGCGCCGCGCCUCCGCCGCCCCCGCCCCCGCCGCCGCCGCCGCCGCCCCCGCCCCAGCCGUCGCCGUCGCCGCCGCCCGGUCGCGCACGCGCAGCGGCAGCGGGAGCGAUGGUGGCGAGGUUCGCAAGCCUGACUGGAUCGACUUCAGCGAGGUGCCGGAGCGGCGCAAGGCGGCGCGGCGCAUCCAGACGCUGCCGCGCGCGGCCGCGGGCGAGGCGGCCGGCGCCGACCCCGCGCCCCACGUGGGCUACGUGGAGCCCGACCAGUGCCGCUGCGAGUGCCACCGCGCCGGCGACGCCAACCACGAUGCCAUGUCCCCGAGAUCACAAACCAGCCCAGAGUCAAAUAGCAGCGCGCGUGUGCAAGUGAGCGUGGCGGUGGCGCGGCCGUUCACGGCGGACCUGGACGUGCGAGACGUGCCCGACCACGUGCCGCACGUGCCGCACGCGUCCCACGUGCCGCGCGUGCCGCACGUGCCCGACGAGGCGCGCAGCUAG